AUGCUGUCGACUUUCCUCGCAAUCGGCCUGGCGCCAUUGCUGGUCACUGCUCAACUCUCCGGCUCUGUGGGCCCUACAACCUCUUACGCUACCAAGGCCGACAACAAGGUUUGCAGCGUUCUUGACUACGGUGGCCUUGCUGACAACUCGACCGAUAUUGGACCGGCUAUCACCUCGGCUUGGGACGAGUGCAAGGAUGGUGGUGUUGUUUACAUCCCGUCCGGUGACUACGCUCUCGACACCUGGGUUAGGUUGAGCGGAGGUAGCAGCUGUGCGAUCAAUAUUGAUGGGACCCUCUACCGGACUGGAACCGAUGGGGGUAACAUGAUCUAUAUCGAGCAUACCACCGACUUUGAGUUGCUUAGCUCCACUUCCCAAGGUGCUUUCCAGGGCUUUGGAUAUGAGUUCCAUGCCGAGGGCAGCAUCUCCGGACCUCGUAUCUUGCGUCUGUACGAGGUUGUCGAUUUUUCGGUUCACGAUCUUAUUCUUGUCGACUCUCCUUCAUUCCAUUUCUCCAUGGAUACCUGUGAGAAUGGCGAGGUUUACAACAUGAUCAUUCGUGGUGGAAACGAAGGUGGUCUAGAUGGUAUUGAUGUCUGGUCUACCAACAUCUGGAUUCACGAUGUCGAGGUCACCAACAAGGACGAGUGUAUCACUGUCAAGAGCCCUGCCCAAAACAUCUUGGUCGAAAGCAUCUACUGCAACUGGAGUGGUGGCUGUGCCAUGGGCUCCUUGUCCACAGAUGUCAACAUCUCCGAUAUCACCUAUCGCAACAUCUACACCUGGUCCUCGAACCAAAUGUACAUGAUCAAGAGCAACGGCGGCAGCGGAACAGUUUCCAACGUCCUACUUGAGAACUUCAUCGGUCACGGAAACGCCUACUCCCUCGACAUCGACCAAGCCUGGAGCAGCAUGAGCACCGUAGACGGUGAUGGGGUUCAACUCAACAACAUCACCUUCAGCAACUGGAAGGGCACAGAGGCAUACGGUGCUGAGCGCGGACCUAUCAAGGUCCGCUGCGCUGACGCUGCGCCCUGCACCGAUAUCACCAUCGAGGACUUUGCCAUGUGGACUGAGGAAGGUGACUACCAGUGGUACUGGUGUGAGAGCGCUUACGGCGAGGGUUCCUGCUUGAAGAGUGGAGAUGACUACACCUCCUACACUACCACUGUUACUGCGACUGUUGCUCCUACGGGAUACUCUGCUGCUACCAUGGCGUCGGACCUGACCGUUGCGUUUGGUACUGACUCGUAUAUUCCUAUUCCUACUAUCCCGACUUCGUUCUACCCUGGUCUUACCCCCUACAGCGCUCUGGCUAGUGCUUCGGCGACCUCGGUUUAUCCCGUUCGGGCUUAG